UGUCACUACCUCCAUACCUAGAAGACCUCCAAAAUCUCUCCCAGCUCUGUCGUUCUGUUAUCCGGAAAGAGAGGCGGGGAAGUGUAAAGGGCCAUCGGAGCUGGUUUGCAAGGAUGGGAAGAUAAGAAGAACCGGCGUGAACUUAAAACUAUAACUCGCAUCACCUAUCUGCUUGCUAGCUGGCUGAGCAAGAGACUUGCCUUCCAUCCAGCCUCUGUACAGAGGUAUGGAGAACCAACCCAAAGAUGAAAGCCAAGCCUUAGAAGAUAACCACCUCCGGGCCCAGCAUCCCCAGCUGCAACCCCCCCUCCUCCUUCAGCCUCUUCCCCUGACAAUCAGGAGGGACCCUCCCCCAGUUUAAUCCGGCACCCAUUUGCUCAGCAGAGAGAGAAGAGAGUGGGCUGUGUUAUCCUUGGGUGCUUUAAGUUGGUUCCCAUGGCAAACGGAGCCCGGUGUUGCGUUGCCUCUCCACACACACACUCACACACACCCUCAGCCACCUCCCCUCCCUCGCUCUUUAUCAAUUCCCUGCUUCCCUCUCAGCCAAUCCAUUUUCUCCGGCUCCCGAUGACGCUGGCAGUAGGAGCCGAAGCCCAGCCAAGACGAAAAGGCAAAGAGAGGCGAUACACCUGCUCAGGAGGAACCGAGCACGGAGCAGGGAAAGACACGGAGGAGAGAGAGUGAGGGAGCAUCCUGCAGGCCUCCCCCCCCUUGUUGACACCCCUCCGUCCCCGAUUGUGACGGAGGUACACCCCCGCCAUCCGUCCAGGAGCUGAAUCGGCCAGCCGGCCCUGUUCUCGGACGGACAAGCCCACCCUGGAAGCCGCAUGCUGCAAAUGGUCCGGACCCUGGCCCAGUUCACCAUUGCCUUGGAAGACAUGCGAGAACUUAGCGAGGCGGGCGAGGCCACCCUGCUCCACACCCCUGCCUCGGUCAGCGAGGAGGGUCCGGAGAAGACCACCGCCGGGGCCGGCUGUAGCAAUGGAAGCAGCCCCGUCCGGAACGGCACGGUGGAGGAUAUGCGGAAACACGUCACUAUGACCCUGUUGGACACGGAGCAGUCGUACGUGGAGUCUCUCCGUACCUUGAUGCAGGGUUACAUGAAGCCCCUGAAACAGCCGGAAAAUUCCACUCUCUGUGACCCCUCGCUGGUGGACGAGAUCUUCGACCAGAUUCCCGAAUUGCUGGAACAUCACGAGGAGUUCCUGGAGCAGAUCUCCGAAUGCGUCCAGAACUGGCACGAGAAGCAGAAAGUGGGAGAUAUCCUGGUGGAGUCUUUUUCCAAAGACAUCUUGGUGAAGAUUUAUUCCGCCUACAUCGAUAACUUCCUGAACGCCAAAGAUGCCAUAAGGAUCGCGAAGGAAGCCCGACCAGCGUUUAUGAAAUUUCUGGCGCAAAGCAUGCGGGAACACAAAGAGAAACAGGCACUGUCUGAUCUGAUGAUCAAACCGGUGCAACGGAUUCCACGCUACGAACUUCUGGUCAAAGACCUUCUCAAACACACAUCGGAGGAGCACCCGGACCACCCGUUCUUGAUAGAAGCGCAGAUGAGCAUCAAGCAGGUCGCGGAGAAGAUCAACAAAGGGAUGAAGAGCGCGGAGGAGGUGGAGCGCAACGCUCGGAUCGUGCAGGAGAUCGAAUCCCACAUCGAAGGCAUGGAAGACCUCCAGGCUCCCCUUCGGAGGUUCUUACGGCAGGAGAUGGUGGUGGAACUGAAGCCGGUGGGCGGGAAGAAGGAUCGGUCGCUGUUCCUCUUCUCCGACUUGCUGGUGUGCACUACGCUGAAACGCAAGUCAGGCUCUCUGCGACGGAGUUCCAUGAGUCUCUACACAGCAGCCAGUGUGAUUGACACUGCCAGCAAGUACAAACUGCUUUGGAAAAUGCCUCUGGAGGACGUCGACAUUGUGAAAGGCACCUGUCAGUCCACCAACCGGGACAGCAUCCAGAAAGCCAUCUGCCGCCUGGACGAGGACCUCAGCACGCUGGGCCAAGUCAGCAAGCUCUCCGAGACCCUCAGCUUCCCCCACCAGACCCUGGAUGACGUCAUCAAGGAUUUAAUGGCCGCCAUCCACCGGGAACUGACGGAGAAGCAGUCGGUGUCCUUCAGCCUCUCCUUCCCGCCCAACAAGAUGGAGCUGACCGUCACCAAAUCCGACAGCACCGACUCUCACAUUUAUGAAUUUCCCAAUCCGGAUGCCCGGCACAGUUUUGAACAAGGCUUCGAGGACGCGAAGAAGAAGCUAGCUUCUAACAAAAACUGUCUGGAUCCUGAGUUCCUGAAGGCAAUUCCCAUUAUGAAAACACGGAGCGGGAUGCAAUUCUCCUGCGCCUCCCCCAGCCACAACAACCCGGAGAACGCCUACGAAGUCUGGGUCUGCAACAGCGACGGCUACGUGGGGCAGGUGUGUCUUCUCAGCAUCAAGAAGGAGCCCAUCGUGGAGGCCUGCAUCGCUGUCUGCUCUGCCCGGAUUUUGUGCAUCGCCUCCGUGCCGGGUCUCAAGAGGAUCUACAGGGAACAUCCAGUCUCUCUGGCCAGCCCAGCCUCGGAGCCGGCAAACCCCACCCUGGAUGAGGCUGCCCCUCAACCGUGUUUGCACAUCUCCAUUUCUGGAUCUUCUCUGGAGAUCUUGGAGCCGAUGGACACUGCUGGCCAGGAACUCGUCCCGUUUGACAGCGAUGACACCGACGACGAGUCCUCGCCCAGUCCCUCUGGCACCCUUCAAAGCCACUCCACCAUCUCCAGCUUUACCAAUGAGGAGAGCCCCAGUUCCAAAGAUGUGACGGCCGAGACCACCAGCUCGGAAGAGGAGCAGGACCCCAGUAGCUUCCUCCCCAUCGGCCGCCCCUUCGCCCCGAACCAGAUCGGCGAGAGCCCCAUGGACGGCCGAGCUAUGAGGCGCUCCAGUCAAGGCUCCUUCACCAGGGCCAGCCUGGAAGACCUGCUCAGUGUGGACCCCGAGGCCUAUCAAAGCUCCAUGUGGCUGGGCACCGAGGAUGGUUGGUAAGGAGACCCUACCCUGGCAUCUCUUGGGGUUUGGGGCUAACAGGCGGUGUCAGUACCCCCGUUUCUCCUGAGUGUCCAGACGAGAAAGAGGCUCCCUAAGCCAGGGGUCUUCAAACGUGACCCUGUUAGGACUUGUGACCUUCCACUCCCAGAAUUCCCCAGCCAGCAUGGAUGGGCUUCACCUACAAUUCCUGUCAGCGUGGAUGGACUUCAACUCCCAGCAUUCCCCAGCCAUCCAGAAACAGUGCCUUAAGCCAGGGGUCUUCAAGCCACUAGUAUGUAAAAUGAGAGCAAAGGCCACUCCCUUC